CAAUCUUCUUUGAGACUUUGUUUCUCUGACAACAUGCCGGAGAAUCGCAUUUCUCGUUGGUAUUUUGGUGGAAUCUCCUCAAGUGCAGCCGCCUGUAUAACACAUCCUCUGGAUUUAAUUAAGGUGCACUUACAGACACAGCAGGAGGUGAGGCUGAGGAUGAUCGGGAUGACUGUAAAGGUGCUGAGGACAGGCGGUGUUCUUGCUCUCUACAGUGGCCUUAGCGCGUCGCUCUGUCGGCAGAUGACAUAUUCUUUGACACGCUUUGGCAUUUAUGAGACAGUCAGGGACAAGAUGAACAGAGAGAACAGAGCGGUCAUACCUUUUUACCAGAAAGUCCUCCUUGGAGCCUUUGGAGGGUUUGCAGGGGGUUUCAUUGGGACUCCAGCUGACCUGGUGAACGUCAGAAUGCAGAAUGAUGUGAAGUUGCCUGUGGAGCUCAGGAGAAAUUAUGUUCACGCCCUCGAUGGACUGCUGCGUGUUUGGAGGGAAGAGGGACUGAGGAAGCUGUUUUCUGGUGCUACACUGGCCUCUUCAAGAGGUGCACUAGUCUCUGUUGGACAGCUGUCUUGUUACGACCAGUCCAAGCAGCUGGUGCUGGCGACCGGUUACCUAACCGACAGCAUCCUAACUCACUUCUUGGCCAGUGUGUUUGCAGGCGGAUGUGCCACGAUCCUGUGCCAGCCUCUUGAUGUUGUUAAAACCAGACUGAUGAACUCCAAACAGGAAUACAGGGGCGUGCUUCACUGUCUGACAGAGACGGCAAAGCUUGGCCCCAAUGCAUUUUACAAGGGACUUGUUCCUGCAGGGAUCCGUCUCAUCCCUCACACAGUCUUCACCUACUUGUUCCUUGAACAGCUGAGGCAAAAUUUUGGUGUUGUAGUCGUUGCCUGAGAGCUUUGUGAUGAAAUGA